AUGGUUAUCAGCACGCUCCCUCACUGCGUCGAGGCCGACAUUGAAGCAUGCUCACCUGACCGGGAAAAGGAUGAGAAGCAGGCAUCCAUCACGCAUCUCGAAGACGCCUUAGAUGUUGAUAGCGAGGUCUAUGUGGUGGAUCAAGAAGCUGAACGAAGGCUGGUGAGACGAAUUGACUUGCGAAUGAUUACGGGGUCAACAGCGAUGUAUGUGCUGUGCUUCAUUGACCGCUCAAACAUCGGUAACGCAAAGGUUCUCAACAAUGACACAGGGAACUCGCUACAACAAAGCUUGCGACUGACGAAUAACCAAUACAUCAUCGCCCUUAUGGUGUUUUAUGUCGCCUACACCGUGUUCGAGGUACCAUCCAACUACCUUUUGAAGAAGUACAAACCUAGCCGAUGGUUCUCCUUCUUGAUGCUUGCAUGGGGAGCGAUGACUAUGCUGAUCGCGGCCACGCGAAACUAUGGAGGACUCCUUGCCACCCGUUUCCUCCUCGGGAUGUUCGAAGCAGGUCUCUUCCCAGGUCUCAUCUACUGCCUUACCUUUUGGUACAAACCGAACGAACGCGCCGUUCGCGUUGCGCUGAUAGUGGCCGGUGCUACUCUAGGCGGUGCCUUUGGAAGCGCGAUAGCCUUCGGCAUUGGCACGGUCAAUGGCGCACACGGCUUAGAAGGUUGGAGGUGGCUCUUCCUCAUUGAAGGCGCUGCGUCCUGCUUCAUCGCGCCCUUCAUUCUAUGGUUCUAUCCAGAUUACCCCGAGACCGUUUCGUGGCUGUCUCCAGAAGAGCGCGAGCUAGCCACUGAGCGCAUCGAAGGUGUCGCGUCCUUGGGACACGAGGCCAUCACUUGGAAGGACGCACGCGACACCCUCCUCGACUGGCGGCUUUACCUUCACCAUUGGAUCUGGAUUGCAUACUCCGUUGGGUUCUCCAGCAUCUCCCUCUUCACGCCGACGAUCGUCCAGGGUCUGGGAUUUGCAGGACUCCGCGCGCAACUCUUCACAGUGCCCCCGUACGCACUCGCCUUCUUUGUCGUCACCGCCGUCGCGUGGAUAUCCGACCGAUUCGAGAUGCGCGCUUGGGCUAUGGCUGCGUCUUUUGCGAUAUGCGGGAUCUCCUUCGUCAUCGAAGGAUCGCUACCGCCGACCGCGUUCACCGCUCGCUACGCAGUGUUGUGUGUUGGCGUCCCCUUCGCGUAUGCGGUAUCGGGUCCCACCCUCAGCUGGCUCACGGGAAACCUCAGAGGGACCGGAGUUUCCACGCUCGCAGUCCCGCUCAAUGGGUCGUUUUCGACGUUUGGUCAGAUCAUCGGUUUAUUCAUAUACAAAACCUCGGAAUCGCCGGGCUUUCCCACCGGUCACUAUACGAACGCCGGCUUUAUGUUCUCCGGUGCACUCGCCGGUCUGGUGUUACGGUAUGUUUACACGCGACGCAACCGUCAGCUAUCCCCGGGCGAGCCGAGAUGGAGGCUGUAG